GAGUCACAGCUUCAUCAAGGUGGAUGAUCAGUUCUGGCAGUAGAUUCUAGCCUAGAUCUAUUAUUGUCAUGAAUAAGGUCAAAAUUGGAAAAACCUGGCAAAUACUUUCGUUUGGGGUCUGCAGUCUGCUAUGGUUUUAAAAAUGGAGAAUGGACUGGACGGACAGUGGUAGUACAGUACAGUAGCCUAUCCAGUAUCCGGACGGACAGUCGAGCCAAGCUAAUUGACUGCUUUUCAUCCAAAACAUUUCCUGCUCUUGCUUGAGCCGUAUUGAUCUAGAUAUUAGAUCUAGAUCUAGAUCUAGACUAGAUUCUAGAAGCUUUUCAAUUCGCAUUUUGGAUAAUUAAGGAAUUUUGCGUGUGUGCCUGCCCCUGUUUAUCAGAAGACUGAACGUAGACGUUCUCAGGCUCAUUCUGACUCUAGGAUCAAGAUCUACAAUCAGCUGCAGAUCUAAUCUAGAUCUAUAUUUUAUUAAUUAGAAGUCAGUGAUUUAAGAAGUUGAAUGUGACGCUCUUCCUUCUCCAGAAUGUCGGAGGACGCUGACAACUUACGAGUUAUUUUUUUCUCCUUUCUCAACUUAUUUUUGUUUUGUUUAGUGAGAGUAGCAGUUCUGCUGUCACCACUACCUGUUCCGAAUAAUUUCAUCAUGCUUUUGAUAGGGAUCAUUGGAGGGUAUUUGGAUAGAUAUGUUGUUGAGCUCAAUUAUGUGUCUCUGCUGCGAGUGGCUCUGAAGUCUUCAGUCACCCUCAUAGACAUCAUAUUUCCUGUGAUAAUGUUUGAAGCAACAUACUUCACAUCUCUUGAGCCAUUUGUUAUCACAGGAGCAUGGAUUUCCCUGUUUCUUCCCAUUGCUUUUGGGUUUUCAGUGAUGGUUAUUGCUGCAGCAGCUACACUUUUGUUUGACUAUGGCUGGACCUGGGUUCACGGUGUCAUCCUGGGAUCUAUCAUUGUGGUGCCUGGGCUUGUUCUCACUCGGUCUUUUUUAAAACGCUUAACUGCAUCAUCAAAGCUUCGGAGCCUUUUGGAGGGGGAAGCGUUAGCUGGAAAUUGCCUGGCUUUCAUUGUGUUCAAGUUUGUCAUCCUGUAUCUGAAAACUGACAAAUUUCUUGUGUCAGGAAUGGUGAUAGAAGUAUGUGUAGCCCCACUGUGGGGGUUGUUGGUGGCCAAGAUCGUGUCCUUCUGGUUGUCUAAGACUGUGAAAGACCCUGUCAAUGAAAUAUGCAUCACAAUCGCCUCUGUUUACACUUGUUAUCUGCUUGCUCUUAAAUUCAGGGUGUCAGGUGUUAUUGCUGUUGUCACUCUCGGAGUUUCCUUGAGUGGAAACAGAUCCAAUAUGGGAGUGGACACUGAGAAAAUCUUACUGAGGUCUCUUCACGUGGUGUCUUCUUACUUCAGUUGUAACCUGAUUGUUGUGUAUGGAAUGGCAGUUGUAUAUUACGUUGUCCCCGUCAUUGAGGGAAAAGACCUGUGGAAUAUACUUCUUGUCUUUCUCAUCAACAACAUUGUUCGAGUCCUCGUAGUUCUGGCUCUGCGGCCCUUCUCCAAAUACAACGGUCAGUUGCUGUCCUGGAACAACACUCUGGUCAUCUGUUUGUGCAAUAUUCGAGGUACAGUCACUGCCGUGCUUGGACUCUGCCUGCUGCAUGAGGAUUUUGGAAUAGUUCAUAAAGAAAAGAUGUUCUUUCAAGUGCUGGCUCAAGUGGGUCUCUCACUUUUCUUCAACUCGGUGGCCACAAAUGCUGUGAUACGCUAUGAUGUAUUGGCAGACCAUGAUGAAGCAAAGUCACGAGUCAUCAGUGGGGCACAAAUGUAUCUCAAAGAGAUCAGAACCAACACUAUUAGUGUCUUUAAGCAUCACAAUAGGUUCAUUGCUGAUGCUGACUGGAGUGUUGUGGAAAAGUUCACAAGUAUUUCCCACCCAUUGCUGAGAAACAAUAGCACGAAAGAGAGAUCUUGUCAAAGGGGAGAUGUUCAACAUUUGAAUCAAAUGGAGACUGCUGCUGUUAAUCGAAUUUUAAUGCUUAUGAAGUGUUCAUACUGGAAGCAAUAUGAAGAUGGUCUCGUAUCCAGAGAUGCCUUGAAGCGCCUGUUGCACUGGUCAGAUCAUGCCCUUGCCAGAGGAAGCUCAUUAAUUUUACCUUCCAGAAUUGCCUCAGCGAUGAAGGUUUCGCGAUUUAACAAUUUUUGGAAACACGAGCUGUGGGUGAACAUGGGCUAUUGGAACUACUUAAGCGUGAAGUCCAAGCGGCUACAGCAUUGGGUGAGCGCUCCCCUCAUAUUGCUCCACUUUGCAGACACGGUUCUCUCUGUGAAGGCCGUCAUGGAGGUGCUGUUUGUCCCCUCAGAGUACAGCCAGAUAGUCCUGUGGUACUAUAAUGUCACUCUGGUCUCCUGCUAUGCUGUUAUUCUUGUGCUACGGGUUCUUGUGAGGAGGAAGAUGAACUGUUGGGAUGUGCUGCUGCUUCUCCUUGUGGUCAUUGGCAUGUUUGACAUAUUCUUUAUGUGGAUUGUCACUUCAGGCUCUGUCAUCAUUAAACUUAUACACCUAGUUUUCAUCUUGGCUCGCUUUCUCCGCAUUUUCCGUAUGGCUGAAGUUUCACCGUUUUUCUUGAGGAUCCUCAUAGAAGUUCUGGAGAUGCAGAUGAGUAAAAGGCUUUCAGAAGGCUAUGACAUAGGACGCAGCUACAUCAGAGGUCAACUAGAGGUGCUCAGGAAAAUCAAUGUUGUUGGAAAGGACUUCCCUGAGGAUGUACUCGCAAAGUUUAAGCUUGCAUGUGAAAGACACAAGCUAGAGACCAUAAAAAUGCUAGGAUGUUUACAGCUGGAACACCCCACUGUCUCAGCCUGUGUGAAAACAAAACAAGCCACAAGAAUUGUCCUGAAAAGUCAACUCAAUCUUAUAAAAACUUUGCAGAAGUCCCGAACAAUUUCACAUCAAGAUGGAGCAAAAAUUGAAAAGAUAAUUGAAAAGAAAAUGGCUGAAGUCAUGAACUGUGUCUUGAAAGUACGGCUUCCAAGCAUUGACCAAAUUGUUGCUGCUGUGCCCUGGAUAAAAGAGAGCUCUGAUGUUUACCAUUUAUUUAAGGACAAGGGCAGACUCAUCUACUUCUCUUAUGGAGAUCUGAUUGUUUCACAAUUGUGUCUGCCAGGAGGAAUAUUCAUUAUCCUUGAUGGAAUGGCGGUGUCCAAAAGAAAAGUGUUGCACUCCAAGAGGGAAUCAGUUGAGGUGAUAGACUACAUGGUUAGUGGCAACGUCAUCGGAGAAUUUUCCUUUCUCACAGGAAAACCUAAACACGAAACCAUUAGUUGUGAAACAGAUAUGUGUGCAAUUUUCAUGGCUGAGAAAGAUCUGUCAGCUCAUAUCGGAGGCAAACCAAGUGCAUCAAAUGAGAAACUCUCAGAGGUUGAAGAAAGAAUGUGGAAAGUUGUAGCUAUGAAGCUGGCAUUGCGGUAUCUGUUGAGAAAAUCUGCAUGGCUUGUCCUGAGUCAGAGUGAAAUCCUGAUGAAGCUGAUGGAUGCCACUCUGGUUGAUGGGAAAGCAGAGAGUCAGUCCAUGCAUCAGUACUUGCUGCUCACAGAUCUGCUCCUCAUUCAUGGGAAACUUCUGGAUCACACAGUCAACAAUGUCGUGAAUGGUCCGGCUUACAUUUCACGUGGAUCAAAGCCUUUUACCGUUGUGGAUGCGGACGUGGUACGUCCUAUCUUCCUGGUGCUGCCCCCAGAGUCUGAGCUAGAUGAGAUGAAUGUAGAGCUGAACAGAUUUCUACACUCAGAGGAUGACACAGAGAUUCUGUGUGAUUCCCACAGCGAUAUUACUUUUUCUUCUGGUGGUUCCUCAAACAACCCACUGAUAGGUAUGCCAAGGUAUUCCAAGAAGGCUGCCUCUGCCGUGGAGUUGUGGAAAAGCGACUUUGGUGAUCCCCAUGAAGAUGAUAGCAGAGGAAAGGGAAGAAAAGGAAUACGAAUGAGCCCUUAUUAGUUAUGUUGUGAUUUUUCACUUAAUAAUUUACUUUGUUGUUAUUAUCCACCCAGUAACUGCUGAGCUUGUGUACAAGCAUUUUGAAUCUUUAGGAUAACAAAGGUUGUUGUAAAAUAUUCGAAGUAAAGACAUUUUUGUUUAAGACUUUCGGCCCCCCCC